AUGAACAAAGAAGAUGUCGAAAGAUUAAAAAAUAUCAUUAGUAAAUUAGAAAACAAGGUUUACUUGUUGACUCAGAAGUAUCAUGAAUUAGAAAUUGAAAAAAAUAAAAAGAGUAAUGAUAGCACUUUAGAACAACAAUUAGAAGAACUGAUUAUCGAUAAAGAAACUUUAGAGGAAUAUAAUGCCAUUCAAAAAUUGGAAAUUGAUAAUCUUUUGACUAAGAAUCAAAAUUUACGACAGAGGUUAAAUACUUUAGUAGAAACUACUAAAUAUGGUGAUUUAACCUUGAAAUAUGUAGAACUACAACAGACUUUGAAUGAAUUAUCAAGUAAAUAUACAACUUUAGAGAAAGAUAAAACACAAAAAAUACAAGAAAUUGAUGACUUAAAGUCAACUAUCCAGGUUUUAGAAUCGGACUUAGAUAAUACUUCUAAAGAAUUAGUUACUACACUACACAAACUUGAUGAAUUGAUACCACUAGAAGAUAUCACAUUAAUGGAAAUUGUGGACAAGUUGACAGCAGAAAAUCUAGAUUUGAGUGAAAAAAUUGAAUUAUUAUAUACUGAAAAUGAAAAGAUACAAACUCAGUUAUGUAAUGAAAAAGACUUAAGCAACAACUAUCAGUUGUUUAACACUGAAUUGACCAAGGAAACUCUAAAUUUACAACAAAAACUUGAAGAAAUAGUUUUUAAAUUAUCCAAACUUAAAAAAGAAUAUGAUGAUUCGAAAUUAUUACUAAAAAAAAGGGACAUUGAGAUUUCAAGGUUUCAGAUUGAAAUGGAAAAUAUUAGCCAUUUAAAAACCAUAGCAGAAUUAAAGAACAAGUUGUAUUCCAAGGUUAAUUACAGCUCCUUGCAACUUUCCAUUUUUUUAAUUGAAUUGGCCAAGCAGGUUAUUAGUAAUAACCACGUAUUCAACAUUGAAACUUAUCAAAAAAAAAUAGAAAUAUCAUAUAAUUUAAUUUAUUUGAGUUUCAUUUACAAAAGUUUUCCACAGUUAAUAGUACGUAAAGAACUCACAACAAAUAUUAUACAAUUUUUGGAUUUUAACAAUAUAUCAAUACCUUCGUUAGAUGCUAUUGUAUCGCCACAUUUAAAUUAUAUAUACGAGACUUUAUUUUAUUUGGUAAAUUUUUUACUUUCAGAUAUGAUUAGCAAUAUACCACAAACUGGAAGUAUCCAAGUACUUUACGAAAAACGUUUAGAAAUAGAAAAUUUGUUAAAAACAAAAUGUUCUGAACUAGAGAGUACUGAAACAUAUUGUGUUAACGAAAAGCCAAAUUUAAUAUUUGAAAAGUUUCAUUUAAUGAUUGUGUUGCCCUUACUUGAUAUUAUCCAUAAUUUAAAUGAUGAGAAGAUAGCAGUAGUGAUAAAGAAUUUAAACCAGUAUGUGGAUUUUGUUCAACAUUGGGAAGUGACAUCCAUAAAAGAUACCAACAAACCAGUCUCCCAAUUUCAAGAGUUACCAUUAAUCCCUUCAGAACAAGAAACCAGUAAGAGAGAAAACUUUAAAUUGUACCAAAAAAAAGUUGAGGAAUUAAAUCUCAAAAUUAAAACAUUAGAGUCUAAAAUAGUCAAAUUAUUAAAGAAUGAACAAAAUCUAAAGAGCUUGACAUUUAAUAUGGACGAAGUUCAAAGGCAAAAUGAAGAAAUGAAGACGAAAUAUAAAACACUGGAAAUUGAAAAUAUAAAAUUAAAUGAGCGGAUUAUUGAAUUAUCAAUAGCUUCUUUUCAAAAAUUGAAAUCUAAAAAUUUUGUUCAAACUUUUCAAGUCUAUAGCGCUUGGGAUAAAGUUGAGUUGUUACAAAAAAUUAAUGACUUACAAGAAUAUAUAUCAAAAACAAGUAGCAAGACAGAAAAUGUAACUUAUGAUUGGCUUGAUGAAUGGGAAUUUAAACCGCAUAAGAAAUUGCAUACAAAAUUCAAAAAUAAUUUCCACGAAUUAAACCAUUUAAGCAAGAAAAUAGUGACAAAUCCAGGAAAAAUAAAUCCAUCUAUUAAAUUAUAUAAUUUGUUAACAAAUUUCAAUGACACAUCUAUAUAG